CUCUUGAGUCUAUUUCCUUGGUGUCUUCCUAUUUCAUUUUGUCCUUUUUCUCUCUUUGGUUUGCUUUUGGCUCUCAUUCUUAAUUUCAAAGCUAUCAUUUAGCAGAUAUUUUACUUAAGUGCUUGCUUGUUGACACAUUCCUCUCAAGCAUACUCCUAGGACUGAUUGACUCUGGAAAGUCAUCUCCUGUUUCUGUUUUUAUUUUUUUUUUUUUUUCGUUGCCAUUACUACACGGUCUUUACGAUCUCGCUUCUAUACCUGGCCACGGUUACAAAACCCCCAAUCUCUUUAACAUUUCAUAUCAUUUCCUCUUGCUGUUUCUCCUUCUUUUACUCAGUUACCCUUAAAAUGGCUGGUUCUCAGUACGGCGCGAUUGGUAUGACCUUCAAGGUUGUCCGCAUGCUCCAGGUCGUGUGCCUUAUUGCGAUCAUUGGGAUGACUGCCAAUUUCAUCUCGCAGAUGGUGUCGAGUAAUACCACUCCGCCCGAGGUCCUUGUUGGGACUAUCAGCGUGACCUGCAUUGCUGUCCUAUACUGUGUUGUCACAUUCAUCCUGUUCAUGGACAACAUCCUACCGUUCCUGAUCAAUACUGGUCUGGAUGGUCUUCAUCUAAUCGCCGUCAUUGUUGUUGCCGUUACCGUCGGAAAGCCGCUGUCCUACGUAAACUGCAACGUCCUCGGGAGAGUCUCAAACGCUACGUCUUCGGCAUACGCGUUUGCUGCCGCUUUGGGCAACAGCCUUGCCAAAAAUGGCGACAAGAUCAGCUAUACCCACUGGGUCGGCACUUCUAAGCCAAACUGCCUUGAGAUUAAGGCUAUCUGGGGUCUAAGCAUUGCUCUUUGCAUCCUCUUCGCUCUAUCUGCUACAUGUAGCGUUGUCAUGUGGCGUCAGCAGAGAUCUGUCAAGCCUAAAGAUGUUGAAGGUUAAGCCUGUCCUCCUGAGUCCGCUUCUCUCGGUCUGCAUUGGGUCCUAAACGAAUUCGUGGAUUUUGAUAAUCCUGUUCUACAUGCU